UCGUGAAUAUUACGAAUCUGUAAAAUGAACGGAAAAAUCUUCGCGUUGUUCUUGGUCGUCGUGUGUUGUGCGGUGAUCUACCAAGUAUCUGCUGAAAUAGGACCACAGUGUCUGCUUCCAUUGGAGCAUGGUCCAUGCAGAGCGAUGAUACCGAGGUACGGUUACAAUCCAAAUACGAAUCAGUGCGAGGAAUUCAAGUACGGAGGUUGCAGCGGAAACGCGAACAAUUUCGAGAAUCUGCAAAAAUGUCAGCAGAUCUGCUCGUGAAUAGGGAGAACUCUGUAUAAGAACAAUCAAAAGUAUAAAAGUUUGAAGAAAUUAUGUGCAUGAUACUCUUGUUAGUAAGCAACGCCGAAGAAAUGUAUUCGUAUCAAUCGUUUGUGCCGCCUUCUAUUAUUUUUACGUUGGUAAAAGUGGAAGUGUGCUGACUUAACGGCGGUAUGUGUUACGAGUAUCAGUAAAUUGUACAUAACUUACGCAAUAAAUUAUGAUUUCUACAUAAAAA